AUGGCAAACAAAGAAUGGCAAAACCAAACAACUGUUUCUGAAUUCAUCCUCUUGGGAUUUGGGGAUCUUCCCAAACUGGAGUUGCUUCUUUUCCUGCUCUUCUUGGUGAUCUACUUGGUGACCAUGGUUGGGAACCUCCUAAUUGUUUGGCUAGUUCUGGCGGAUCAACACCUUCAAACCCCCAUGUAUUUCUUCCUGGGAAACUUGUCCUUCUUGGAAUCCUGCUACACCUCAACCAUCUUGCCUAGAAUGCUGGCGAGUCUUCUGACUGGGGAAAGGGGUAUAUCCAUCAAAGCCUGUUUCAUCCAGUUUUACCUGUUUGCUUGCUUGGGUGGCUCUGAAUGCUACCUCCUGUCUGUGAUGUCUUACGACAGGUACUUAGCUGUAUGCAAACCGUUGCACUACACCACUCUCAUGAAUGGCAAGUUGUGCCUGCAUUUAGCGGCCAUUUCUUGGAUCAGUGGGAUUUUAGUGAGUACAAGCACAACCCUCUCAGUGAUGUCAUUAUCCUUCUGUGGGCCCAAUGAAAUUGAUCAUUACCUCUGUGAUUUAUCGCCAGUCAUAAAGGAAAUCUCCUGCAGUGACACUUACGUUGUCGAAAUGAUGGCAUUCAUAUUUGCCUGCGCGUUCACCCUGCCUCCCUUUCUACUCAGGCUGACGUCUUACACGUUGAUCAUUGUGACAAUCCUCAGAAUCCCAUCCACCACCGGGAGGCAAAAGGCCUUCUCCACCUGCUCAUCUCACCUCACUGUGGUUGCCCUUUUUUAUGGAACACUAAUGCUGGUCUACAUGCUUCCCCGUUCCAGGAAUCUGAGAGGUGUGAAGAAAGUCUUCUCCCUCUUCUACACGGUCUUGACUCCGAUGGUUAAUCCCCUCAUAUAUAGCCUAAGAAACAAGGAAGUGAAGAAAGCAAUGGAAAAGGGUUUCAGAAAGCUCACAAUCCAUGUGGCAUUUCAGAAAUCUUGUUUCUUAACCAUCAAAACAAAAUCAAUUGGGCUUUAG